AUGCAGUUCUCCAUCGCCACCAUUGUUGCAGUUGCCGGCCUUGUUGCUGCCCAGAUCGACGGCAUCCCCCAGUGCGCUGUUACUUGCUUGAACAACGCCGCCGCCUCUGCCAAGUGCACAGCUGGCGAUCUCUCCUGCUUGUGCAGCCCUGCAAACUACCAGGCUGUUGUCGUCGCUGGUGGUCCUUGCAUCGUCAGCAGCUGCGGCGCUGACGUUGCUACCAACCAAGUUCUUCCCGCCGCUGGCCGGCUUUGCGCCGCUGUCGUUGGAGGUGGUGGUCCCGCCAGCACUGUUGCCUCCGUCGUUUCUUCCGCCAGAGCUUCCAUUUCCUCGGCUGUUCAGUCUGCCGCCUCCGUCGCUGCCUCCGUCUCCAGCCGCGUUGCCUCCGCCAGCAGUGCCCGCGCUUCUGCUUCCGCCUCUCGCGCGUCCGUUUCCGCUGCCAUCUCUAGCAGAGUUUCUCAGGCUACUGCGGCUCUCACUUCUGCUGCUGCCCCGGGCACCCGCACCGUUGCCGUCACCAACGUUGUCACCAGCCGCAACGGCACUGCUACCGCCACUUCUACUGUCACUCCUGUCAGUGUCAACGGUGCCUCUGUCCAGGGCCCUGUCGGUGUUCUCGCCGUCUUGGCUGUUGCUGUUUUCGCUGCUCUGUGA